UGUGACACCGGUCAUACAACGUGUUUGAAAGUUGGCGCCUGUAACUGACUUUACUUUUACAAGAAAAAUUCAACGAUCAGAAUGGUUUUCUUUAGUUGUUCUAACUGUAGUGAAUCACUGAAGAAAAACCAAGUAAAUAAACAUUAUAUCCGAUGCCGAAUGAGUAUGGUAUCGUGUCUGGAUUGUAACAAAGAGUUUUGGGGCGACGAGUUCAAUAGUCACAUCAAAUGUAUCAGUGAAGAAGAGAAAUAUUCUGGUAAAGAUUAUAAAGCUCGUCCGACUCAGAACAAGGGAGAAGCGAAACAAGAUGCAUGGAUUCAGAAAGUACAAACAGCCAUCGACAAAAGCAACUCGAAGCCUAACAUUCGCAACUUACUGGAGAGACUCAAAGAUUAUCCAAACAUUCCCAGAAAACAAACCAAGUUUGAAAACUUUCUACAUAACAGUUUACGGGUUCGUGAUCAAUCGUUGGUAAAAGAAAUCUGGGAUAUAUUGAUGACUGAAAAAACAUCAGAAAGUAAAGAAGUUGAUGAAAGAAAGGAUGAAACCAGCGUGACAAAUGGUGAGGAAAAGUCCGUUGAUGGCGAAAUCGAUGAAAAUAAAACGAAAAAGGAAAGUAAACGAGAAAAGAAAGCAAAACGUUCUGAAAAGCAAAACAAGAAGGAGAAAAAAGAUAGUCGGAAAAUGAUGGAAGAUGAAAGUAAUGAUAAUGGUGACGCUAUGGAAUGUGAUGAAACUGAGGUGUGCGAGGAGAAAAAGAAGAAGAAAUCGAAGAAACGGAAACAUGAGGAAAUGGAAACGGUUGAGUAUUCCAAGAAAAUGAAAGAGAAUGAUGAAAAAGAAAACGAAGAAGGAAUAAAUGUGAACGACAAUGAAGAGGAGGAGGUGGAAGAACAAGAAAGGAAAUCGAAGAAAAUCAAAUUUGAUUGGGAAGAAACUAUUGUAUCGAUUCUUAAAACUAAAGAAGAUCAGAAAAUGAGUAUGAAAAGGGUUGGUAAAAAAGCGAUAGCUGAGUAUCUUGCUCAAGGAGGAUAUGCAAAGUCAAAUGAUAAACUCCGUGCAACUUUUACCAAAAAAGUUACCAAAAAUCCUCGAUUCGUUUGUAUAAAAGAUGAAGUAAGACUUUCACAGAAAAACUGAAUUUCUUGGAAUAUUUUACACACAAAAAGCUAAAUAUAUUGAGUUCUAUGAUCUUGAGGCAUUCUUUCGUAUUGUAUAACAUUUUAUUGUUCAUUCUUUAAUCUAUUCUACCAACUAAUCUCCGGCCAUGUUGGAGUACUUGGUUAUUUACAAUGAAACGUUUUGUUUUUAUGAUUCCACUCCUACAUUCAGUGGGGGGAGGGUCCUUUUUUGGUGGCGGGUGGGGGUUUCGAUUUCGAGCCAUUUGGUUCCGUUAUGUUGCUCACGAUAAAACUAAAUUAUACGUCCAAAUAGUUGGAAAAAAUUGUGCUUAAGCCCGAAGCAGUCUUGACUGGGCUUAUCUAUGUUAUUCAUUCCAUACGUCACCAUCCAAAUUUUGUUUAAGGUAUAAUAUAUCGGAAACACAUUAUACACACGUCCUCUUACCUUUUUUAAAAUGGUAGAAUGUGUUUUUAGAGGUAUUAGGCUGCUAUUUUCAGAAGGCGGAGUGGCUGUAUUGACACCCCUUAUGGUUUUAAGGUUUCUGUCACGGCAGUGCCGUUGAGAGCGAUAAUCCAAUAUAUGUUCUCCCUCUCCUACAGGACUCUUCCAAUUGACCAUCCCCUUUGAUUUUAUUGUCAAAUUUUUCUCAAAUCACAUCUUUCCGUCUUAAGUAAGGAAAGGACUCAGGAUUAAAUCUUAGGUGCUUUUCAUUAUUGGCCUGCUCGACCGCGGUCGAUUCGGUGUUAUUCAUGUAUACAUGUCCGAAAUGACCAGCAACUCACACAAACACAAGCACAUGGAAUCACUAAUACACCUGAUAAACACUGAGUCUUGUACACGCGAGAUGACCAGUUAUAUACACACUUAAACCGAUAUGACCAGUAACGCAUUUACAUUCCUGUGUGCCAAAAUUAAGACACUUGGGUCAUUGAACAAUUGGAAUCAAAUGACAGGACAAAAACGAUAUGGUAGUGUUUGUAUUAGUGGCGUGUGAUGAUGAGAAAAACUAACAAUUAUUUCUUAUUUACACUCUAUUUUUUAUUGUUAAGUACUUAUUUCAAGAUUUCUCAAAUGUACUCAUUAGUUUAUAUUUUAUUAAAUGAAAAAUAUUUUGAAA